GGAAGUAUCCUAGAUCUCAGCGCAGGGGCUCGGCGGCUAGACCGUGGGGUUGGCGCGAGUAUGCCGGUCACCGGGAAGGCUUUCCGCCGGCGCCGGGCCGACUCGGAGUCGGAGGAAGAUGAGCAGGACUCAGAGGAAGUUCGAUUAAAACUGGAAGAGACCCGAGAGGUGCAGAACUUGAGGAAGAGGCCCAACGGGGUGAGUGCUGUAGCCCUGCUGGUGGGAGAGAAGGUACAAGAAGAGACCACUCUAGUGGAUGAUCCCUUUCAGAUGAAGACAGGCGGGAUGGUGGACAUGAAGAAACUAAAGGAAAGGGGCAAAGAUAAGAUCAGUGAAGAGGAAGACCUCCAUCUGGGGACGUCAUUUUCUGCAGAAACCAACCGAAGGGACGAGGAUGCUGACAUGAUGAAGUACAUUGAGACGGAGCUGAAGAAGCGGAAAGGGAUCGUGGAACACGAGGAACAGAAAGUUAAGCCAAAGAAUGCAGAGGACUGCCUUUACGAACUGCCGGAAAACAUCCGGGUUUCCUCAGCAAAGAAGACUGAGGAGAUGCUGUCCAACCAGAUGCUGAGCGGCAUCCCGGAGGUGGACCUCGGCAUCGAUGCUAAAAUAAAAAAUAUCAUUUCCACGGAGGAUGCCAAGGCCCGUCUGCUGGCAGAGCAGCAGAACAAGAAGAAAGACAGCGAGACAUCCUUCGUGCCCACCAACAUGGCUGUGAAUUACGUGCAGCACAACCGAUUUUAUCACGAGGAGCUCAAUGCGCCCAUACGGAGAAACAAAGAAGAGCCCAAAGCCCGACCGUUAAGAGUGGGUGACACAGAGAAGCCGGAGCCUGAGCGGUCCCCUCCCAACCGCAAGCGUCCUGCUAACGAGAAGGCCACGGAUGACUAUCACUAUGAGAAGUUCAAGAAGAUGAACAGGCGGUACUGAGGGAGGCUAAAGGGGAGAGGUGCAAAGCGGGAUGUAAACAGUGUCGUUCACUCCCUUUAUCCCCCUGAUAAAAGGCUUCCUGGACAGAAGCCUGCUCAUUGGCUAGCAGACAGUUCCCAAAACAGACUCUAUCAGUCCUGCUGCUUACCUGCUGGAUUUUUCAGGCACUGAAUUUGUACCUUUUGAAACAAUGUGUAGUUUUCCUAUUUGGGGACAAACUCUAUUCUUGAGAGCAUUAUUAAAUCUCGUUUGUAAAUA